GAGGCGGGGCCACGACAAACCGCAAGCGGAAGAGUCAAAGUUCAGGGGCUCGAGCCAGCCGGGAGCUCGGGAAAUGGAAUACCCCCACAUAACCAGGAUGCUGAGUUCCUCCCUGAGCCCGCAGCACGGCGCCUGGUCAGACACCUUCUCUCUGCUCCUGGCUCUUGGCGUUGCUCUCUACUUGGGCUACUACUGGGCAUGUGUGCCCCAGAAGCCUCGUCUGGUGGCUGGGUCCCAGUUUCUGGCCUUCCUGGAGCAACACUGUCCAGUCACUGCGGAGACUUUCUACCCCACACUGUGGUGUUUUGAGGGACGGCUACAAACUAUCUUUCGAGUCCUCCUGCAGUCUCAUCCUGAUGUCCAUUACCAGAGCGAAGUCCUCCAGACCCCAGAUGGAGGCCAAUUCCUUCUCGACUGGGCUGAGCAGCCUAAGACCAGUCCCGCCCGGGACCCCACGACCCAGCCUAUAGUACUGCUGCUUCCAGGCAUCAGCGGCAGUAGCCAGGAGUCAUACAUCUUACACCUAGUUGACCAAGCUUUGAAAGACGGUUAUCGGGCUGUUGUGUUUAAUAACCGUGGCUGCCGAGGGGAAGAACUGCUGACUCACAGGGCGUACUGUGCCAGCAACACUGAAGAUCUAGAAACGGUCGUGAAGCACAUAAAGCGCCGCUACUCCCAAGCCCCACUGCUGGCUGUGGGCAUCUCGUUUGGAGGGAUACUGGUGCUGAACUACCUGGCACGGACUGGGAAGGCGGGAGGGUUGGCGGCUGGGCUGACCAUGUCUGCGUGCUGGGAUUCCUUUGAGACCGUUGACUCUUUGGAGACACCGCUCAACUCACUGCUCUUCAACCAGCCCCUCACUGCCGGCCUCUGUCGCCUCGUGGCCAGGAACAGAAAGACGAUUGAAAAGGUGUUGGAUGUAGACUUUGCGAUAAAGGCUCGCACAAUCCGCCAGCUGGAUGAGCGCUACACAGCUGUGGCUUUUGGGUAUAAAGACAGCGCGGCCUAUUACCAAGCCUCAAGCCCAAGAACCAAGGUAGACGCCAUCCACACCCCCGUCCUUUGCCUCAAUGCAGCAGACGACCCCUUCUCCCCAGCACAUGCCCUCCCUCUGCAGGCCGCUCAGAAAUCUCCUUGUGUUGCUCUGCUCAUCACAGCCCGGGGCGGCCACAUUGGCUUCCUGGAAGGGCUGCUACCCCGACGACACUGCUACAUGAACCGUGUUCUACACCAGUAUGCCCGAGCCGUCUUCCAGCACUUGGUGGAGCUGCCUGGCCAGGGGGGGCUCGCUCCUGAAGAGGGAAAGAGCUGACAAGAGAGCUGUGUGGGGGUCUCGGUUCAAUCUUUGUUUAUUAAAUAUCGACUCUUCCUGCCUAA